AUGGAAGUGUUCGUCAAGCUGGUGCACAAAGGAACCCGUACUCCGCUCAACGAUGACGAGCCAGCACUAAUCACAGUUCCAGCGGGCUCCUCGAAAGUUGGCCAUCUCAAAGAAGCUAUCCAUCGUCGAUGCUACCGCGCCGUGGGUCAUGUUGACGCGGACGCACUGAGAGUGUGCGACCCCGACGGUCUGGAGGGAGCGUACGUGGCCACACAUGUCCCGUUGAGCGCCAUUGACCCGGCCAAGAUCUACUUUGUGGAAGUUCCGCCCGUGUCCGAGGCAAAAAUCGGCGUUGCCCCACCUCCCGUUAUAUGGACUGUCCAGUUGGUCCACAAAGGAACCCGUUCGCCAUUCAACAAGAUUGGACCAGCCUCAAUCCUAGCGCCACCGGGCUACAAGACUGUCGGCCCUCUUCUAGCAAAAGUCCACGAGCAAUGUCAUCACACUUUCGUGGAUCAGUGGAACGAAAUGAAAUGGAACUCAGUUGAUAACGAGGCUCUGCAGUGGAUCGUUGGCCCCCCGGGCACGGGAAAGUCGUGUACAGCGUUGGCUUUCGCUUACGCGCUUAAUGCUUCGGUCUGGGACGUGCUGUGGAUGGAUUUUCGCCUCCAGACGCUUCUGCAACAAUUAGUGGACUCCUUGUCUUCCACCAGAAGCACGCUUGUAUUCCUAGUUGGAUACGCUGCGUCAGACCACGAGAUGGAAGAAGCCCGUCGAAUUUGCAAAAAGUGGCAUUGUUUCGACAAGGCGCUGCGUCGACUGAUUUACGUUUGCUCGAUGUCAAGCGUCAACAAAAAGUAUCGGAUGGAAUUAUACCCCGCGAUUUCAAGACGUACGCCAGACGUGGAAAUGGAGACGGAGGGGACCGAGUCAUCUGUCGUGCAACUAACAUCCAACCCCCCAAGCGGCGCGCCAGCCGAGCGACUGCUUACCGAAAUGUCGUAUGACCUGGAGUCAUGGAGGCUUGAAGAUUACCGAGAGGCGAUCAUGCAAAACGACGAGUUUUUCGAAAGUGUGAAGGACAUGUUUGACCCGUUCAGUGAGAUGGAUGAUCCGAUGCAGGGAAGAGCAAAGUUACUCGACGAGAAGUUCUCUAUGGCUUCUUUGGACAAAGCUAUUCGCGAACUGGCCUCGAAAUCUGAGCAUUUGAUAGGUGUUUUAGCGCGUGGUGCCAUCAACCGAUUGCGAGCAGAGUACCAUCACGCAGCCAAUCGAAAAGAGACUUGUUUCGUGAGCGAAUAUGUUGCGAGAAAAUUCGCAGCUCUACAUGGCCCGAAACUUCUUCAGCAAGUGGCGACAUUGUGUGACGUGAAUCCGGCUAUGGAUGGCUACUUGUUUGAAGCCUGGUUUUUCGCGUCACUAAAAGCGUGGGGUGUUAAGUGCUGCUACCUCCGAAAGUUUAUAAACAAAGACGGAGAGUUUGCGCGAGCCGAUACAACGUUUUUUGAUCCCAAGCAUGAGUCGAUCGCUGUUUCGCUUGAGAACGCGAUAUGGCUGGCACCGGUCAAGUGGAAUCAAGGUGGAUACGAUGCCGUGUUUAUUGACAAGGCCGAAUGCAUCGUGCGAUUCGUUCAAGUAACCCGUGCCCAGAAUCACAAAUUUGAUCCCGAUGACUUCAUCAAGCUUCUAGUCAAGCUCGCGAUGCACGCAGAUAUGAUGGGGGUCCAGUUAAAAGCGGUCGUGCUGUAUUUUGUCGUUCCGAUGGAGAGGUUGAAAACGUUCACCUGUCCGGUCAGCUCGCAAGAUUUCGGCACAUCCGUCAUCCAACAUACAUCGGUUGCUGGAUCGAUAGCAAAGGCAACUCGAAGUCACUCUUACGACAUGUUCCGGAAAUGCAAAUCGAAGGUGAAAGUCGUCGGAGUCAACUAUGGAAUGUCAAAACGCGCUCGUCAAAUGAUGGCUGAAAGCUAA